ACUUAUGACGCACUUCCGGCGCGCUAAGUGGGGGAAAUGGCUGCGUCUCAGCCGCAGGUUCCAGCGGCUUCUUCCGCUGCUGGUGUGUCGGGUCCAGGUUCAGCUGGUGGCCUGGGUACCCAGCAACAACCGCAACCACCUACACAACUGGUGGGGUCCGCCCAGAGCGGGCUUUUGCAGCAACAGCAACAAGACUUCGACCCUGUGCAGCGGUAUAAGAUGCUCAUCCCACAGCUGAAGGAGAGUCUGCAGACUUUGAUGAAAGUUGCAGCCCAGAACUUGAUUCAGAACACUAACAUAGACAACGGACAUCUCCUUCUUUUCCCGGGCUAUAGAAAAAGCAGUGACGGACCCAUACAGCGCUUUGACAAGUGUCUGGAGGAAUUCUACGCACUCUGUGACCAGCUGGAACUCUGCCUGCGGCAGCUUGGCCCCGGCGCUCGCACGUUCUCCCGGGUUUCCCGCAGAUCACCCUUCUGCGUCGCCAUGGAUCUCAGCGCCCUCUACGAGAGCCUCCUGUUGCUGAGCCCUGAUCUGCUAUCCAACCAAGGAGAUACUGAGUCCAGCCCAGGCUGGGCCUCUGGACUCUGGAGCCCCAGCUCAUCAGACUCCAGUUCCGCUGGGGUCGCUGCCCGCCUGCCUGGCCGUUCUACCAGCCUGGUAGAGGGUCGAAGCUGUGGCUGGGUGCCCCCACCCCCAGGCUUCGCACCCCUGGCUCCCCGCCCAGGCACUGAGCUGUCUCCCUCACCUACUUCCACCCUCACCACCUCAUCCAGAUACAAGACUGAGCUAUGUCGAACCUUCUCAGAGAGCGGGCGCUGCCGCUAUGGGGCUAAGUGCCAGUUUGCCCAUGGCCUGGGCGAGUUGCGCCAAGCCAGUCGCCACCCCAAGUACAAGACAGAACUCUGCCAGAAGUUCUACCUCCAGGGCCGCUGCCCCUACGGCUCACGCUGCCACUUCAUCCACAACCCCAGUGAAGACCUGGCCUCCCCUGGCCACCCCCAUAUGCUGCGACAGAGCAUCAGCUUCUCAGGCCUGCCCUCUGGCAGAAGAUCCUCGCCGCCACCAGCAGGCCUGGCAGGCCCUUCCUUGUCCUCAUGCUCCUUCUCGCCCUCCAGCUCCCCACCACCACCACCUGGGGACCUUCCACUUUCACCCUCUGCCUUCUCUGCUGCCCCUGGGACUCCUGUGGCCCUAAGGGAUCCCACACCAGCCUGUUGUCCCUCCUGCCGAAGGGCCACCCCUGGCAGCGUUUGGGGACCUGUAGGUGGCCUGGCUCGGAGCCCCUCUGCACAUUCCCUGGGAUCUGAUCCCGAUGAUUAUGCCAGCAGCGGCAGCAGCCUGGGAGGGUCUGACUCACCCGUCUUCGAGGCUGGAGUUUUUGGACCACCCCAGCCUGUAGCCCCUCGGCGACUCCCCAUCUUCAAUCGAAUCUCAGUGUCUGAGUGACAAGUGCCUGCCCAGUACAGAUCAGCUGUAUCUCAAGGGGGGCCAUUUCUCUUGUGCUAUGGUCUCCACAGAAGCCCUGGGGCUGUGGGGAUAUGGGGAACUCAAUCAAGUGGCCUCACUGCCUUCCAAAUGCAUUAACCUACUCCCCUGACCCUGUUCUGGGGCAGGUCCCCAGUGGGCAAGCUCAGUGUUCCUGGUGUCGGAGGAAGGAGUGUAUUCUGGAGUCUUUUUUUUUUUUUUAAUAUGUAGCAAAUUUGAGGGUGGCAGUGAACCCUCUCCACACCACCGCUCCCCUUCCCAAUGCUGUGAAUAAUAGGCCCCUACUGCCCCUCUCGAUUUUUCCUAGACCCCUGAGGUUCUGGUGUGACUGGUGGUGACUGGAGCCUUCCCCUUGAGGGUCAAUCCUGGUGCUCAAAUUUCCCUCCGAAAGCAAGUAGCCAAAGUCAUUGCCAAUCCCCUCUCCCCAGCCAUUGGGCCCUUUAUUUAUGACGACUUUAUUUAUUCUAAUAGAUUUUAUAGUAUUUAUAUAUAUUGGGUCGUCUGCUUCCCUUAUAUUUUUCUUCCUCUUUUUUGUAAUGUUGGAAAUGAUGGAAUAAUUAUUAUUAUAAGUAUGCUAUAAUAUAUUAAGUAAUAUAUAUUGUUAAAGUUUAUUUUUGUGUUUUUUGGAAUUUUUAAAUAAAAGUCAUCUGUGUGUAAAA